AUCUUUGGUACUUGCGUAUUUUUUAUGAUACAAAACAGAUCCUUUCCAAAUAAAGUUCAAUCCUCGUUUUAUUAGGUUGGUCUUUUCAAAUAAACAGAUCAUUUUCUUAUCUAAAAACAAAUACGGAGUACUCUGCAGUAACCAGUACUUGAGAGUCUGAGGAAUGCAAAAAAGUAACAGUGCUCGGGAAGGAGAAAAUGUAUACUCCGUGUAAAUAAAAAAAAACAAGUAAGAAAUGAAAAUGCUAGUAUAAUAAUAAUAAUAAUAAUAAUAAUAAUAAUUAUAAAAAAAAAAAGGUGAGAAAUCAAAAUACUUAAAAGAAGGGUAAGAAAUCAGAAUACUUGAAUAUAUAUAUAAAAAAAAAAAAGAUAGAAAUCGGAAUAUAUACUUAUAAAAAGGGAUAGAAAUGAAAUUAGAAAAUCAAAAGUGAACCCGCCAAGGAACGUAUUUAUUCUCUUAAAUACAUUGACAUCUACAUGUGAACACUGAAGAGGGAGGUUGAGUAUUGAGCUGCUAUUUUGCUUUAAUUCAUGUACCAAUACCAGUAUAGUGGAGUACUCAAGUUGUUGUUCCUUUGUAUAUGUAUAUGUAUCAAUGUAUGUUGUUGUCUUUCUCUUAAUUAAUACUUUUUACUGAUAUUGUUGGGAAUCAAUUAUAGUUUACAGAAGAAGAAGAAUAAAAAGGAGAUUGGUGGGGGAUGUUGAGGGUGUUGUUAGUAAUGGUGGUAGCCAAUUUGUUGGGCUGCUGCUGCGCGAAUGAGAAUGUCAAUAGAAAAUCAGCAGUGGGGGAUCCAGGGAUGAAGAGGGAUGGGUUGAGGGUUGGCUUUGAGGCCUGGAAUUUCUGCAAUGAAGUUGGUAAUGAAGCUCCUGGUAUGGGUAGCCCUCGAGCCGCUGACUGCUUUGAUGUCAUUCCCACAUCUUUUAACAAGAACAAGUACCAAAGUAGCUCUCUUGAAGUUGAAAUUCAGCACAAAGUUACAGAAGCACACAACAAACUUGGGGUGGGAAAGCCUUUUCCAGGGUUGAAAGCAGAAGCUCUGACAAACCCAGAUGAGUAUGCAGCACAAAAGGAGCUCUAUUUGGGGAACUUAUGCCAGGUUGAAGAUGAAGAUAAAUCCCCAUGGCAAUUCUGGAUGGUUAUGCUCAAGAAUGGAAACUAUGACACUAAGUCAGGUUUGUGCCCAGAGAAUGGGAAAAAGGUCGGCCCUUUUCCUCCAGGCAGGUUCCCUUGCUUUGGAAAUGGGUGCAUGAAUCAACCUUCCUUUCACCAUAACCCAACCUCCUUGAAUUCUUCAUCAUCUCAUAAUAAUCAUGACUUAACCCUGACGGGUGGCUUCUGGGGUACCUAUGACUCAGAUUCCGAUCUUAGCCGUGGAAUAAUUGAUGGUGUUUCUUAUUAUCAAGUUACAUGGGAGAAGCAACUUGGAAAGGGUAGCUGGUCUUUCAAACAUAAGCUUAAAACUUCCAAAAAGUAUCCAUGGCUUAUGCUUUACCUCAGGGCUGAUGCAACUCGAGGAUACUCUGGAGGUUAUCACUACGAUACCCGAGGAAUGCUCAAAACUCUUCCUGAAUCCCCGAACUUUAAAGUGAGAAUGCAUUUGGAUAUAAAGCAAGGUGGAGGUCCAAAGAGCCAGUUCUACUUGAUUGAUAUCGGAAGCUGCUGGAAAAACAACGGUAAACCAUGUGAUGGAGAUGUGCUCACUGAUGUUACUAGAUAUAGUGAGAUGAUCAUUAACCCUGAAACCCCCGCGUGGUGCAGCCCUAUUAGCCUCAAGUCCUGUCCACCCUAUCACAUUACUCCUAACAACACCAAGAUUUACAGGAAUGACACAGCCCACUUCCCUUAUAGUGCGUACCAUUACUAUUGUCGACCUGGGAAUGCUGAGUAUCCUGAACAACCAUCCGAUUCAUGUGACCCUUACAGCAAUCCUCAAGCACAAGAGAUAGUCCAGUUGCUGCCUCAUCCUAUUUGGGCUGAAUAUGGAUAUCCUACCAAGCCCGGCCAAGGCUGGAUUGGUGAUCCUACUACUUGGGACUUGGAUGUUGGUGGCCUUUCUAGUAGGCUCUACUUCUAUCAGGAUCCUAGUACACCUCCGGCUAAGAGAAUAUGGACUUCAAUUGAUAUGGGUACUGAAGUUUUUGUCAGUGACAAAGAGGAGGUAGCCGAAUGGACGAUUAGUGAAUUCGAUGUCAUUAUCACUUGAUCAACAAUUCAACAGGAGCUACAAAAACUGAAUUUUGAAGGUUUAGAGGGUAUUUUUCCCUAAUAGCAAGCAGGGUGUAGAAUGAGAAUAUAGCAUCAUUUGACACAUGAUUUAUGUGUAAAAGUGACUGAAAUGUAAUCGAUUCUCUACUCUGAACGCUUCUUUAGUUUCAAAAUUGAAGGCAAUGUAGCAUCUGCUCUUUUCUCCCUG